GAUUCUUUCUUGCACCCGAAGACGAAGCGAACUCAACUCCUUUAUACACCUCUUCUCUCUCCUCCCCUCUCGCUCCCGUUUCUUCUCACAUCGGCGAGUUCGCAACCUCCUCCCUCCAGGCUCCACUUCCCAGACGAAUCGGCGGCAGCGGCGGCGGCGGCGGUGAUGGAGUGCGUUAUCGGGGUCGUCGGCCGCGACUUCGCGGUGGUGGCCGCCGACACAUCGGCGGUGCAGAGCAUCCUGGUCCACAAGACCGACGAGGACAAGGUGAUGGUGCUCGACAGCCACAAGCUGAUGGGCGCGUCCGGAGAGCCCGGCGACCGGGUGCAGUUCACCGAGUUCAUCCAGAAGAAUCUCCACCUGUAUCAGUUCCGCAACAACAUCCCGCUCAGCACCGCCGCCACCGCCAAUUUCACCCGCGGCGAGCUCGCCACCGCCCUGCGGAAGAAUCCGUACUAUGUCAACGUGUUGCUUGCUGGAUAUGAUUCGGAUGUUGGUGCCUCUUUGUAUUACAUUGACUACAUCGCAACAUUCCAUAAGAUCGAAAAGGGUGCCUUUGGGUAUGGCUCCUACUUCUGUCUCUCGCUGAUGGACAAGUUAUAUCGUCCAGACAUGUCAGUCGAGGAAGCUGUUGAUCUUGUUGACAAGUGCAUUAAAGAAAUUCGGCUCAGGUUGGUCGUUGCUCCUCAAAACUUCAUAAUCAAGAUUGUUGAUAAAGAGGGUGCUAGGGAGUAUGCCAGGCGUGCAUACACCGACAGUCCACCGGAAGCUGCAACAUCAGAAGCUGCAACUGUAGCAGCCUGAGUUGUAUCUGCCAUAUGGGUGUGAACCUUAGGUUUCCGAGUACAAUUGCUAUGUAAUCACAAGUACUGGGAUCUGAGAACUUUGUUGCAAAUUUACUUCCUCUUUUAUUUGUGUUAUUUAUCUGUUUAACUGUUUCAUGUUCGUGAAUGCUGUGCAACUGGAUUUUAUAGACAUCUUUCUAGUUCCUCCUGUUCCCA